AUGUCUGGGUACGAGAAGAGCCCACUGACGGGCGCAGAGCUGUUCCCAAAACGAGUGGAGAGCGGAUCCAUCCACACCCUCGAGAAGGCCGUGUCGUAUGGCACGCUGCUUCUGGCUGUUGCGGCGACGGGCGUGUGCGUUGCCUUUGGCAUCCAGUACCACAUUCAGCACUUGAUCCUGGGCAUCGUCAUCAUUCUCGCCGCCGUUCACUUCUAUCUGCUGUUGCGAAUGUACCAGAAGGAUGAGCUGCAGGAGCGCAAGCUCGUGUACCUGGGUUGCCUCGUCGUUCUCGCCCUCUCCAUCGCCGGCAUCCUUUAUGGUGUUGGGUGGCAAACGUCAGACCCGUUUUACGGGUGCGACGAUGGCUGGUUCCACAAACCCACUGGCGCGUUUCCAAAGGGCAUCUGCUCACACACCCUCCCAACAGCGAUUGUGCCGGCGAAGAGCUGCUACCACGCGAUCGGGAGUGGCGGGGCAGCGCAGGGCGAGUUCCAAUUCCAACUGCUGCAGGGACUGGCAAAUCAGACUAAGAAGGGCAUCACGUGCGCACAGGCACAACAGUGGAUCCAGACAUGCACAAACACAAAGGAAGUGUCGUGGAAGUGCCCCAAGUAG